CAGAAAUGUCCCGCUAGCCAAUGUCGCAUAUACUUCGAGAAGUCCUGAGAAGGACCACACCCGGCGGAGUUUUCCGCCUUACCCUCGACGGCGUGGGCCUCUUCUGCGCCUGUACGCUUGUCUGGGAGCAUCUGAUCACCGUGCAGCUCAGCGAAGGGCCUUCGAUGUACCCCACGUUCAGUCCGCGAGGCGAUUACCUGUUAAUAUCGAGGGUGCACAAGUACGGUAGAGGGAUUGAGGUUGGCGAUGUCGUGCGAUUUUACCAUCCUACAUUCUUGGGGGUGAAUGGGGCGAAGAGGGUCGUGGGAAUGCCGGGGGAUUUUGUCUGCCGGGAUUUACCAUUUAGUACGGAGGUUGGGAAGUCACAGGAGAUGAUCCAGGUGCCGGAGGGUCAUGUCUAUGUUGCAGGCGAUAAUCUACCCUGGUCGAGGGAUUCCAGGAAUUAUGGACCCAUACCGAUGGGUUUAAUCAAUGGGAAGAUAGUCGCUCGUGUUUGGCCGCCUUCGAAAAUGCAAUGGGUUCGAAAUACGAUGCAGCCGGCUCAGCGGUCCGACGAAUAAGUGUAUCACGAAUAAGUGUAUCACGAAUAAGUGUAUCACGAAUAAGUGUAUC